CAACAUAACUAAAUGAAUAAAAACAGGUAACUCCUUUUUCCGGGUUUUGGAUAUGUUACUUGAAUGCCUCACGAGUAGAAACGGUUUCAGUGAAACAGGGAGGAGCCGCUGGUUAUAAGCGCAAAUGUAAAUACAUAAUUCUGGACUUUGGUUCGAGUCGAAGUUGGUCGUUUCUGAACAAGGAUGAUUGAUUUACGAGCAUGGGCAGAGUAUGUUGUGGAGUGGGCUGCCAAAGACCCCUACGGUUUCCUUACCACCGUCAUAUUGGCUCUGACCCCGCUCUUCAUCGCCAGCGCACUGCUGUCCUGGAAACUGGCCAAGAUGAUCGAAGCACGUGACCGCGAACAAAAGAAAAAACAGAAGCGUCAGGAAAACAUAAACAGGGCCAAGAGGAAGAAAGAAUGAGUCCGCUGACAGGGCAUCGAAGAAACAGGAGAAGCAGUCCUUAGUCCAAAUAAUGACAUGUCCCAGCCCCACUGUAACGCAGGGUUGGUACGCAUCAUGUCCAGGAGGAAGGACGCUGGCCACAUGGACUGGACCGCUGCGGUGGACAGUGCUGCCCGGACGGGACUCGUCCCUGUGGGACUCUGGUCAGCAGGGGGCCCAGUGCUCCUCUGCUUCCCUUUUUUUUUAUACGGUUAUCUGCUUUAACUUGGCAGCUGUUCAACCCCCUCACAUUCCACUAACACCCCUGUUCUGUUGAAAUAACCUGAUGACAACGAUGAUAAUUAUCAUAAUGAAAGCUUUCUGAUUAAUAAAAAAUGUCAUGGUUGGUA